UCUUCACAUAAUGACGUUGUACUCUAGAAAUGUAAUGAAAUUAUAAGAUAACGCUAGAGUGGUAUAUGAACUUGUUUGUAUUAUAAAUGCUCGAAGUGAUAGUUAUAUUCACCAAUAGGAAUAUGUACUGAAAAUAUCAACAAAAUGAUGAAUAUAUUGAGUUAUGUUUAUUAUAAUAGACACUGGUACAUACAAACAAGGUUCUUUAGUUGACUGCGAUUAGUGCGAAUAGAUCAUUAAUAGAUCAUGAAUGGAUUGUUAUUUGAAACAAGAAAAGAUUGAACAGACUUCUAUUUAUGAUGAAACUAAUCAGUGUGUAAAGGAGGUUAUGCACUUGUACACAGAACAAUUCCCAUAAAAGGUUCAAAGAAAUCGGUAGUGUUUAGAAUAAAAAAACACAAACGCACGAGACAAAUGUGAAAGAUAUUAUUGUUACAAUUAACCAAAAUCUGCAUAUAAGAACCUGAAGGUUAUUAAAUUAAAGUUUGUUUCAAAAUUAAUAAAAAUCUAUACGUCAUGGCUUCAGCUUCAAGUACAAGUGCUCGAAGCUUAUUUGUUGAGUCAAAAAUGAGAUUGGCUGAUAGAGUACAAGUUAAUGUAAACAAUAUUGCAUCCCUUGCAAGACAAAUACAAAGAGGUUCAAAAAGCAGUGAGAUAUUAAUGCACAGUGCAAAAAAUUUUGCACAACAAGAGCAUAGUCUAGAAACUGCAGAGACUAAUCUGAAGAAAAUUGCUCUUCUAACCACUCAUUUAGAAUACCAAAUGGAAUCUAUCAAUAGAAGUUUUAUAACUUUGGAAGAAGUUACUGAACAAGUACGUUCUAUGCAAAGAUAAAUUAUAAUAAAUACUUACCCUAUAUCUUCAUUUAUAAUAUAUAAUUUUUCAUAUAUUUUACACUUUUGUAUCAUAUUAUU